GAACAUGCUGACUUUGCCAUCGAUAUGCACGAAUUCCGCGAAAACAGUCGAAAACAGUCGAAGUUUGACAGCUACGGGAGAGAGAAAAAAUUCCGCGAGGAGGAAAAAAAAAGUUAUUCUCGCGAUUAUCGCGAAAUAUCAAUUGAUUGUGGUCACUUCUGCGUGUAAAAGCUGACAAAAUGUUCAAUCAAGUGAAUUGUCUAUCAAUCACAAGUGGCAGUGAAUAGGGGCGCAGUGCGGAAGUGCCUGGAAGAGUGAAUUCAUCAAGGCGCCCCCGUUGUUUAUUGGAAAUCCAGAGAGGGAAUCUCUGGAAGUUUUGACGAGUGAAGCGGAAGAAAUUUGCAGACGCACAGGCCAUGAUUCAAGGCUAUGGGCCAGUGACUCAAGCUCUCCUGGGCACACUGCUUACAUGGGGACUUACAGCUGCUGGUGCGGGUAUGGUGAUCUUCCUGCGGGGCAAUCAGAGAAAAUCACUCGAUGUCAGCCUGGGCUUUGCAGCUGGUGUAAUGAUUGCUGCAUCAUUUUGGUCCCUCCUUGCACCUGCCAUUGAGCUAGCGGAGGCAUCAGGAACGUACGGGGAUAAUGGGCAAUUUGCCUUCAUUCCCGUAGCUGCUGGUUUCUUGCUUGGGUCAAUAUUCGUCUAUGGGACUGAUAAAAUCAUAUCAUACUUGGGUAUCAAUAGCACGUCAAUGAUGAUAGCAUUAACACACUCGAGCAAAGAUAAAGCUGAAAUUGCUCUUGAUGACACACAGAGCAAUCAAGAUUUCGCCAGAGGACAAUAUGUGAGAAACAUCAAUGAGCACUCCACAGCGAUUGGAAUGGAUAGCUUUUCGGAUUGCAUUAGCGUACAGCACAGCUCAUCGUCGCGUCGGAGGCGAAAAGUCAGCGUGGAGAAGGAUCCACACACCACGUAUUCAGCUGAGGCAGCUGAGCGUGAUCCCCACAGUGCCAUUUCACAAUGGAAGCGAAUUAUGCUCCUUGUUGUGGCAAUUACGGUGCACAACAUUCCCGAGGGUUUGGCUGUUGGUGUGAGUUUUGGGGCAAUUGGGACCACGGAGUCGGCAACAUUUGAGGCGGCACGAAAUCUCGCCAUUGGCAUUGGGAUUCAGAAUUUCCCGGAAGGGCUGGCGGUUAGCCUACCGCUGCAUGCCACGGGAUUUAGUAUGUGGAAGAGUUUCUGGUAUGGACAACUAUCGGGGAUGGUUGAGCCGAUUUUUGGGAUUUUGGGAGCUGUUGCUGUGACAAUUGCAUCGGCAGUGCUGCCCUAUGCUCUGUCCUUUGCCGCUGGUGCCAUGAUCUACAUUGUGGCUGAUGAUAUUCUGCCAGAAGCACAUGCAAGUGGCAAUGGACUUCUUGCAACUUGGGGCACAAUCUUUGGUUUUCUGGUCAUGAUGUGUCUGGAUGUUGGACUAGGAUGAACAGAUGUUGACGACGCAGAAAGAGGCAAGUGCGGAAAAUUAAAAAUUUUCACAACUUGUGAUUUUUUUUAGAUAUUUUUCACAUUAGUUUAUUUUAAGGAGAACUCUUUUUUUAAGAAAGAAAAAAAAACCUUCCUUUAUUCUCCGUGUUAGAAACAUUUUAGUGCUUUACACAACACCUGACGAGUGUCAGGUGGAUUAUUUUUUAAAAAUAUAUUGUUAUAUAAGGAUUUUAUCAACUCAGUGGAACUCAAACUUUACAGUGAGAAAGUUAUUUUUUUUUAAUCCACCGUUUUAUUUUUAUUUUAUUUUAAUUGCAAUUAAGGAAUAAUUUGUAUGCAGCGUGUGUACUUUAAAGAACAAGAAAAAUCUGUUUUAUUUAGUGGAAUUUAUUUUUGCGUGACAGAGAUUAAAUUACUUAACCAGUCAAAUUAAAAGAAGAAAGGGAAUAUAUUUUGGGGUAAAAAAAAAUGCACACAGAAUGAUUUUUUUUAAAAAGUACAUUUUAAAUAGUAUUACAUCGCAUGAAAGAGAGAUGAUUGUUAGAUGAAAAGAAUUUUGUAAAAAUUAAAAGAAACAUCUACUCGAUAAGUUUUUAUUGUUGAGAACAAUAAAAGCACUAUUUUAGAGUAAAAAAAAUCUCUGCAGAAUUUAUUUUGAACGCGCAAACUUGCCUAAUUUCUGGCAGAUUUUGCUCAACAUGUGGCAUUGCCCUUGAAAAUUCCGCCCACCUAAACAGGUGGAUAGAGUGUGGAAGUGGAGGUAGAAUCUGUGAAUGGAAUUCUUCACGUACGCGAACACACAUUAACCCCACCACUAAUCGCACUUUCGAGUACUCAACAGAAAGCAAAUAUUUAGCUUCUACAAGUGGCCCCAAAAUAUUGCAUUUCCAGUGAGUGCAAAAGUCAAUGACCCCCCCACAAUGCGUCUAUUGCGUAACUUAAUAGAAGAGCUCUGCUACAUUAUUUGGGAAGCCGAGCCCAUGGAAAGCGCUCAAAUACAGCAGCAUUUUUGGGUUUCUCUAUGGCCCCAUUUCGUGACGCUACUAAUUAGACACUUUUCCACGACUCUCAUGUUUUUUUGACACUCUCAAGAGGAAUUGCUUUCGAAUUAUUCAUGAAUUUAGGCGUUUAUUUUGUGUGAGAACUUAUGGGGAAUGUGUUAAAAUAUUUUGUUUAGAGAGGAAUUUCUUAUUUCUGGCAGCAAUUUGAUUGAUUUCCUCCAAAGGUAGGUUCCUUAAUACAAGGACUUCGUUCUUGCGCUGUUUUGUAGGAAAAUUUAUCCAUCUACAAUUUCUCUCUACGAGACUUUUCUCUAUCUCGAUGGAAAAUUGGUGAAUUUUCAUAUUUUCCAAAACCAUGCAGUGGGAAUUUAUCAAAUAUUUUACUAUACUGUAAAACGGGGUAAUUUUGAGAUAAAGAUAUUCUGAAUUUUUGCGACAAUUGAUAAUUUUUUUAUUAUCUAAUGAGAAUUAGAUUUUAUCAUUUGCGUGGAAAGAAAAAUUUUAAAAUUGAUCUUUGAAUUUAUUUCAAUAAAAAAUAAUUGAGAAAAUCAAUGCAAAAGGAGCUUAUUCAUUUUUAGAACCCUAAAUCAUCAAAGGUUUCUAAAUAUUUUUUUUAAGAUUCAUAAAACACUCAAGAAAAAACGAAAAUACUUUUAAUAUUCCCCUGGAGAUGAUAAUACACAAAAGUAUUACAGCAAAAAGAGGAAACCACGCCUCUAUUGAAUCUAAUUUUAUGCUCAUUAAGCAUAUGCUUAAAGGGCUUAAAUGCUUCAAUUGAUCCUUUUUUUUGUAAUAUUCAUAGUUGUGUGAAUUUUUCUACAAUAGCUUAUUUUCUUGUUGUAAAAAGAGAAAAUGUGCUGCACUGCAUAUAAGGCGGAUGUUCAAGAAAAUUUUUUACCUGUUGAUGAAGAAAUCCAGAGAACAGGAUUGAUAAAAUGAAAAAAAAAGCAAAGAAAAAACAAUAUUCUCACCAAGAUAAUAAAUAUAUAAUUUGAAACUAAUCAUUAAUGAAGCAAUAAUGCAUAUGCUUUAGGCACAAAAACAUAAAAUUAGGAACAAUUGGGCGUGGCUUAUGAAUUUUUUGGGAAAUAUUUCUAUAAGUUUUCCAUUUAUAAUUUGAUUCAGAUAUAAAAAAAAUCUGCAUGCUUUUCUUGCUAUUUGAUUUGUUUCUUUUUCUUUUCUCUGCUCAAGUCAAACGAAGUAAAAAUGAAUAAAUUCCUUUGACCUAUAUGUAUCUUUUUUUAAGGAUUUUUUUUGUAAGGUCUCGAGGUCAUUCGAUUAAUAUUUAAUGAUUUUAUAAUAUUUUAUUAAUCAAUGCUUAAAAACGACCAUGGCCGUACAAGGGUGGGAACCACUGAAAUAUGUUGUCCAAUACAUCAUUAUAAAUUCCUAUGAGAAUUUUAUUUGUUUUUCGUAAACCUACGCAACAGUGAGACAAAAUGAAAUUAAAGUUUUAUUAUUUAAAAGGAUUUUAAGGAAUUGAAGUUCAAAGUUUUUUUUAUAAAGGAAAUAUUUUAAAUUAUAAAUUUAUUAAAUUUAAAUCCACAAUUAAGGAUAAUUCCUCUACUUUCUUUCACCUUUAGAUUCAACAUUUAUGUAUGCCUAAGAGUUAUAUUAACUGUUUAAAUUUAUUUCAGAAUUCUGAACUUAUCUAAUCUAAUAUUAAAUAAUGUUAUAUCUUGAUGUUCCUAAUGCAUCGUGUCACGCUCUAAUAUUUUUUGUCUCAUGUCCUGUUGCUUCCAUUACACGUUUUUAAUGAACUUUCACCUUACCUUUCUCUAAAAUUCUCAUUAAGGGCUUUUCCCACUGAAAAUACGGCAAUUACAGGAAAUUUCUCUGAAUCAAUAAAUCAAAUUUGAAUGGAGAAUUUUUAUUUUUAAUUUUUCAGUGAAUUUAUAUUUUCAGUAGAUAAUAUUUUAACUAUUGCUCACAGAAUCAAUAAAAUUAGUGUGUGUGUGGGGUGAAUAUUAAUUUAUUAUUUAAUAAGUUAAAUUCCUUUCUGCUCCUCAAGUACCCACUUUGGAAUGAAAUUCAAGAAGAAGAAAGAAGAAAAUUAUUUUAACUGAGAAAUAUUUGUUUGAAUAAACUGGGAGGUUUUUUAUUUGUCUUUCAA